AUGAGCCUUGAAGAGAUUGAAUCCACGGGUUAUGUAAAAUUCGUCUGGCAAACUAAAAUUUCCGAUUUGAUGCCCAAAAAAAUUUAUUCUGAUCAAUUUCGAAUUGAAAACUUGGAGAAUGUUGCUUUUACUAUCGGGUUGGAAUAUGCAUCUAGAACAAAUACUUUGACUUUAUGGGUCAAAAAAUCAAGUUUAGAGACAGCUAGUGCUCUGAUCAAGGUGAUCGUUGGUAAUGUUGAAGCGAAAGUUGAAACGCAUAAAGUUGUUUUAGCCGCCCACAGUGAAGUAUUUGAAAAAAUGCUGCAAUCUGAAAUGAAAGAAGCUAAGGACGGCGAAAUAAACAUUAAAGGUUUUCAUCCAGAAAUAAUUCUGGAAAUGCUGCAUUAUUGUUACAAGGGAGUGACUAAGGCAAGUCAAGAUCCUGAAGUAGCGUUGCAGUUGCUUGAAGUCGCUGAUAUUUAUCAAAUUAUCGAACUCAAGGAUAUUUGUGAGUCUACGUUGAUGAACAAUAUGUCUACAGAUAAUGUUCUCGACAUAAUUGACGCAGCUGAUGAUCAUAACGCAGUUGACUUACGCAAGACUGCCAUUAAAUUUAUCGUUCUUCAUUGCAAAAAAGUAGUGGCUUCAAAAAUAACUUCUUAUCACGAUGAGCCUUGA